GAGACACACCGCGGAGACCGGAAGAGACCCUCUCUCCCAGAAGACGUCUUCCAAGAGAGCCCGCCAAACUCUCUUUCCUAGUGAAAAUAUCUCUCACGAGACAUCUCCAGCGCGUGUGACUUUUAAUUCAUAAAUUCAAGAAUCACCAAUUUCUCAAAAUUUCUUAAGAAAUUCUUUUAAAAAAGUGUAGUGUUAUGCGUGGAACAACCCCUCUCUGAUCUCGUGACAGUGUCAGUUACCAAAAAAAGCGUUGUUAAAAAGUAAUCACAAACACGAGUGAUAGCAACUGCCAACUUUCCAAAAAGUGCCAGCUGCGAAAGAAAAUUGUCGCAAGGGAAAGCAAGGGUUUCAAAAUUCUGUCACAAGAGACCCAGUUUUUUAAAUUGUCAAUCAAUCAAAGUGAAGAUAAAGUUAUUCAAGUUUCUUUGCUUGAAAUAGGCAUUUUUGUCGAGAAAUUUUAGUCAAGAGGCACCGAAGCGAUAUUACUAGUGGCGGGAUAGUGUUGUGUAAGAGCUGAAAGUAAAAGUUGAAACCGCCGAGUUGGGCUUGAGCGCGAGCGCAUUAAAAUCCCGUGGAGCCAAAUAAUUCCAGGUUUCGCUUUCGCGAGUGUAUCUUAGUUGCCUUCUAAAAUUGUUAAACCGGAAGCUGAAAGAGAGGAAGUGUAAAAGAGAAGAGAAGGAGGAAUAUAAUAAAACAUAAGAGAAGAGGAGGAAGGAAGGAUGGAAGGUCUCGGUUGCGUAACGCGAACGUAACUCAACCUAAGAGGUUUUAAGUGACUGUCAAACCAUCCUUGAGGAAAGGUGUCGUUAACGAGCUGACUGUCACGGAUGAGAAAAGUGAUUAUGGGAAAUAAAGGAUUCGAGAGUAAAGAAGGACCCCCCAGGGCUACCUCCUUCCAGCUCUGAAAAAAGGAGAGAAAAUAAGAGACACCCUUAUAGGGUAUCCAUCCGCUAACUCCGAUUAAUAAUCGAGGUGAGAAAGAAAAGGAAGGGGAGGGAAGGAGGAGAGAGCAAGAAACAGGAGACUUUGGGGUCUCUAAUAUCUUCUACCUCUGGAAAAAGGAAAGAGAAAGAAGAGACACCCUUAUAGAGUCUCCAUCCUCUAACCCUAGGUGAGAAAGAAAAGGAAAAGAAGAAGCAGAGAAAAAAAAGCAGACUUGUUAGAAGGAAAGAGAAAGAAACACCUUAAUAGGGUCUCGAUCUAAUUCCGAUUACAAAAUCUCUGAGAGAAAGAAAAAAAAGGAGGUGGAAGAAGAAGAGGUGGUAAACGUGUGGAGAACGUGGAAGAGGCGGAGACGGAGGAAAGGGCCGGAAGUAGAUGUUUCAAGGUCUCUUGUAGCUUCCUCUCUUCACCUUGAGAUACACUAUUGAAGGAUCUUGAGUUUGAUAGUUUACUGUGGUCUGCUGGAAUUAAAAGUCUUAAAAAGGUUAGCGGAAUAAAAAAGGCGCGCGCGAAAGGAUAAGAGAAAGGAAUAGCCACCUUCGAGUCCUUGAGAGUUCCCAAGUAAAAGUGCCGUCGCCAGCCGGCUGACCCUGGAGUCCGGCCCCGGAGUUGGAAAAAAGUUUCUGCGUUGUAGUCGCGAUUGUGGCUUGGCAAAAGCCCUUUCUUUGGAUUGUCAUCCCGGAUUCUGUCAUUCUGAUUCUGUCAUUCCGGAUUUUCUCAUUCCGACUCAAGGACCAUUUCUCGAUCGGGAUGGAGGAAGGGACAGCUGUGAGGUGGAGCUGACAGAGUUUCUUCAUAUUUUCUGUUCUUUGAGUUCUUUCCUUUCUCUUUUCUCGCGAUACGAAUUAAGUUCGAGGGAGUUUAGCAUUCUGAAGGUGUGACUAUGUGGAGAACGUGUUUGUGAAGUGACAGUGCCUCCUGACCUACCUUUUUAUUUUUACCUUCUUCUUGCUUCGGGGAUUCCUUAAUACAAGUCCGCUCUUGCGGAGGUGAAGCGUGUGCAAACUCGGGUUUUUAAAUUUUUAAUUUCAAUGUUCGUCAAGUGUCGUCAUCACCGUUGUCAUCGUCGUCGUCGCCGUCAUCACGGAUCUCGGGUUGUUUUUGGUUUGCGACGUCCUCGGGUCGGAACGUCGAUAUGCGUCGAUUUUCCUCCAGAGAGUCCUAAGGAUAUUUUUACAACUCUCGGAAAGAUCUUCUAGGAUCAGUAUACGGAUUAUUAAACGAAAAGUAUCAAAACGGUGAGAUCAUGUAUCCUGACGGACUCUUGACACUUCAUUAUGGGAAACAUCCCGCAACAUUGGCUGCAGAGGUCGGGGCCUGGUACUCCGGGGACCGUCACGUGGACGUGACCCUCGCGUGUGACGAUGGGUCUGUUGUAAAGGCCCACCGAGUCGUCUUAGCCGCCGCUAGUCCCCUUUUGGCUAGUCUUCUUCGAGAUCCUACCAUGGAUCACGUGGUUCAUCUCUCCGGGGUCAGAAAGUCCCAACUGAGUCACCUGCUCGAGUUCCUUUACAAUGGAGAAGCCCUCAUACCGUCCACGGAGCUUACACCGUUGAGGGAACUUUUUGAGCUUCUACAAAUUAAGUCGGAGCUUUUCGAACCAAAUCAAUCACAAAGCUCGAAUAAUUCUGAUCCUGAAAGGUUACCUACCCCUCAACCCUCAGAUGGUCAAGAAAGCUCUAGUUAUGAGUCUCAGUAUGACAGCAGACAGUCGAAUAAUCCGGCAGACUGCUGUUCGGUCCUUAUAAAAACCGAAGGUUGUGAAGAGGAACCAGAUGUCGAUGUAGAAGGCGUCGAAGGAGAAACUAUUCUUUCAGAUCAUAGGGAAAGCAGUAUAGAACCUCCAAGGAGAAGGGAUAGUUCAGAUCCAGUAAAUCUUAGCCUUAAUUCUGGCACAUCAACAACCAGUGAGAGUUCACAUGAUGUUGUACACAGGCCAGAGAAACCGCUUCUGGAGAGGAGAGAGUCACUCGAAGAUACCGAAGAAAGGAGAAGACAGUUGGCGGCUCGACUGGCCCUUGGUCUCGAGACCGGAAAACGGAAACCGGAAGAGAUACCGAUUCCGCCAGCGGAAGCGUACGUCGUGACGCCGCAUCGAAAACGAAGACCUGGAUUUCACAACGCUCCUGCACAGAAUCCUGCGUUCGUCCCUUUCAAUCCGGGUUUCGAAACGCCACGGAGGUUGCAGGCUCCGCAUCCCCUCAGUGUAUCCGCACCACCUUACCUGCAGGACAGGUCAGUGACGCCGCCAGGCGCGUCCCAUCGACCGCCUUCGGCUGACCCAGCAUCCGCAGCUGGUCUGGAACCACCAUGGGGUGCUUGGACCCUCCCAGCGGCCAGAGCACCCCCCGCCCCACCCUCAGACGACCCGCCAAAAUCCACUCCGGUUCGCGAAUACAGGUGUACCUAUUGUGGCAAACAAUUCGGAAUGUCCUGGAACCUGAAAACCCACCUGCGAGUACACACAGGCGAAAAACCAUUCGCCUGCAGAUUGUGUGUCGCCAUGUUCAAGCAGAAAGCUCACCUGCUGAAGCACCUCUGUUCGGUGCACAGAGGGGUCAUCGCUGCUCCCGACAAUACCUUCACCUGUUGCUUCUGUUCCUUGAGUUUCGACAGCCUCCAGGAACUCAUCAGGCAUCUCUCAGGCCCUCACAAUAAUUUGCUGCUCAGCAAGAAUUUACACGAAUAGCAACAAGGUUGAAGACACUCCGGUGCAAGAGGGUCUCGGGACUCCAGAUUUCCACUAGUCAAGUACAAAAUUAAAUUUUUUUUCUUAGUUCAAAGAAUGCUCCUACGAAAUUUAUAGAAAAUACGAUUUUGGUCGUCUAAACUGAUGCUGGUUCCCUGGAUCAUUAUUUGUUUAAAGAAAUGAUGGUCGUCUAAACAAAUCACCACUCUGGUCGUUUAAACGACCGAAGAUUUUCUAAACUAACAAAAGUUGAUUGGCUAAAAAUAAUAUUACUCUGGUAGAUCAGACGAUUGGUGGUCUUAUAAAAAAGCGAUCGUCAUCCAACGACCGCUCAUCUUCUAAACUAAAAAUGGACGUCUAAACAAACCGUCAUUUUUGUUGUUGAAAAAUCAUUGGUCUUCUAAACAAAUGAUUGUCAUACAAUGACUGUUGGUCUACUCAAAUAAAAAUAGGCGUCUAAAAAAACAAAAUUUUUUAAUAAUACUAUUGGUCUUCUAAACAAACGAUCCUCAUAUAACGGCUGUUGGUCGAGUCAUCCAACGACCGCUCAACUUCUAAACUAAAAAUGGACGUCUAAAAAAAAAUUUUUUUUUUAUAAUACCAUUUGUCUUCUAAACAAACGAUCCUCAUAUAACGACUGUUGGUCUACUAAAAUAAAAAUAGACGUCUAAGCAAACUAUCAUUUUUUCAAAACACCAUUGAUCUUCUAAACAAACGAUCGUCAUCCAACGACCGUUUGUCUUCUAAACUAAAAAUAGACGUCUAAGCAAACCAUAAUUUUUUUAAAUAGCAUUGGAAUUUUAAGCAAACGAUCAUCAUCCAAUGAACGUUCAUCUUCUAAACUAAAAAUGGACGUCUAAAUAAACAAAAAUUUUUUUUUAUAAUACCAUUGGUCUUCUAAACAAACGAUCUUCAUAUAAAGACUGUUGGUCUACUAAAAUAAAAAUAGACGUCUGAACAAACCAUCAUUUUUUUAAAACACCAUUGAUCUUCUAAACAAACGAUCGUCAUCCAACGACCGUUUAUCUUCUAAUCUAAAAAUGGACGUCUAAGCAAACCAUAAUUUUUUCUGAAAUAGUAUUGGUCUUCGAAGCAAAGAAUCAUCGUCCAACGAAGGUUCAUCUUCUAAACUAAAAAUAGACGUCUAAACAAACCAUUAUUUUUUUGAAAGACCAUUGGUCUUCUAAACAACCAAUCGUUAUUAAACGACCGCCCAUCUUCUAAACUAAAAAUGGACGUCCAAACAAACAAAUUUUUUUAUAACACCAUUGGUCUUCUAAACAAACGAUCAUCAUAUAACGACUGUUGAUCUACUAAAAUAAAAAUAGACGUCUAAACAAACCAUCAUUUUUUUUAAACACCAUUGAUCUUCUAAACAAAUGAUCGUCAUCCAACGACCGCUUAUCUCCUAAUCUAAAAAUGGACGUCUAAGCAAACCAUCAUUUUUGUUGUUGAAAGAUCAUUGGUCUUCUAAACACAUGAUCGUCAUACAAUAACUGUUGGUUUACUAAAAUAAAAAUAGACGUCUAAACAAACCAUUAUUUUUUUGAAAGACCAUUGGUCUUCUAAACAACCAAUCGUUAUUCAACGACCGCCCAUCUUCUAAACUAAAAAUGGACGUCCAAACAAACAAAUUUUUUUAUAACACCAUUGGUCUUCUAAACAAACGAUCAUCAUAUAACGACUGUUGAUCUACUAAAAUAAAAAUAGACGUCUAAACAAACCAUCAUUUUUUUUAAACACCAUUGCUCUUCUAAACAAAUGAUCGACAUCCAACGACCGCUUAUCUUCUAAUCUAAAAAUGGACGUCUAAGCAAACCAUCAUUUUUGUUGUUGAAAGAUCAUUGGUCUUCUAAACACAUGAUCGUCAUGCAAUAACUGUUGGUUUACUAAAAUAAAAAUAGACGUCUAAACAAACCAUAAUUUUUUUGAAAGACCAUUGGUUUUCUAAAAAACCAACCGUUAUUAAACGACCGCUCAUCUUCUAAACUAAAAAUGGACGUCUAAAAAAAAAAUUUUUUUUUAUAAUACCAUUUGUCUUCUAAACAAACGAUCCUCAUAUAACGACUUUUGGUCUACUAAAAUAAAAAUAGACGUCUAAAAAAACCACUAUUCUGGUUGUUUGAAAGACCUUUGAUCAUCAAAAUAUUUUUUCUGGUUUUUUGAAUUAAAUUAAUUCCUCGA